UGGGCCCUGCUCCGCCCCCCAGGCUGCGGAGCCGGCGGAGGCCGCACGUCUUACGCCGGCCGCGGCUGCUGCGGCGUUGGGGAGAUUGAGCUGUCGGCGCCAACGGGCUGGGAUCCCGGCCUGGGAAAAGAUGGCCUCACUGCCCCGGAGGGGCCUGGUCCCACCUCUACUCUGGGGCCUGAGUCUCUUCCUUAGGCUCCCAGGUCCCGUCUGGCUCCAGCCCUCUCCACCUCCCCAGUCUUCUCCCCCAACUGAGCUCCAUCCAUGUCAUACCUGCCGGGGACUGGUCGACAGCUUCAACAAGGGCCUGGAGAGAACAAUCCGGGAUAACUUUGGAGGUGGAAAUACUGCCUGGGAGGAAGAGAAAUUGUCCAAAUACAAAGACAGUGAGACCCGCCUGGUAGAGGUGCUUGAGAGCGUGUGCAGCAAGUCGGACUUUGAGUGCCACCGCCUACUGGAGCUGAGUGAGGAGCUGGUGGAGAGCUGGUGGUUUCACAAGCAGCAGGAAGCCCCGGACCUCUUCCAAUGGCUCUGCUCAGAUUCCCUGAAGCUCUGCUGCCCGUCAGGCACCUUCGGGCCCUCCUGCCUUCCCUGUCCUGGGGGCACAGAGAAGCCCUGCGGUGGCUACGGGCAGUGUGAAGGGGAAGGGACUCGAGGGGGCAGCGGGCGCUGUGACUGCCAAGCCGGCUACGGGGGCGAGGCCUGUGGCCAGUGUGGCCUUGGCUACUUUGAGGCAGAGCGCAACGCCAGCCAUCUGGUAUGUUCGGCUUGUUUUGGCCCCUGUGCUCGCUGCUCAGGCCCUGAGGAAUCAAACUGCCUCCAGUGCAAGAAGGGCUGGGCCCUGCAUCACCUUAAGUGUGUAGACAUUGACGAGUGUGGCACAGAGCGAACCAGCUGUGGAGCCAACCAGUUCUGUGUGAACACAGAGGGCUCCUAUGAGUGCCGAGACUGUGCCAAGGCCUGCCUGGGCUGCAUGGGGGCGGGCCCGGGCCGCUGUAAGAAGUGUAGCCCUGGCUACCAGCAGGUGGGCUCCAAGUGUCUCGAUGUGGACGAAUGCGAGACAGAGGUGUGUCCAGGAGAGAACCAGCAGUGCGAGAACACCGAGGGAAGCUAUCGCUGUGUCUGUGCCGAGGGCUACAAACAGAUCGAGGGCAUCUGUGUGAAGGAGCAGAUCCCAGAGUCAGCAGGCUUCUUCUCAGAGAUGACAGAGGAUGAGCUGGUGGUGCUGCAGCAGAUGUUCUUCGGGGUCAUCAUCUGUGCGCUGGCUACACUGGCCGCCAAGGGCGACUUGGUCUUUACCGCCAUCUUCAUCGGGGCUGUGGCGGCCAUGACCGGCUACUGGUUGUCAGAGCGCAGUGACCGCGUGCUGGAGGGUUUCAUCAAGGGCAGAUAAUCUCUGCCACACCUGCAGGAUUUCUUCCCAUCCAGGCUGUCCCCAGAGGUCAGCCUCUCUCCUGCCUGGACACUUGAGGCAGCUUGCUUUAUUUCUGAGUGGGGUAAGCACCCUCUAUCCACCAGGCCUGGGCAGGUGAGGCUCUUGGAGUGAAAAAGUAGCUCUGAAUAUGGAUGCCAUGAGAUCUUGGCCUGGGGGAGCUGGGCAGGCUUCACAUGUGUGAAUUUUUUAAAAAGUAUCUCUUUGUGGUGACUGCUAAUGGGCUUUGGC